CCAAAGAUAGCAAACAUCGCAAUUCGAGACGGCAUCACCUCCAACCAGCUCAAACUAUGGCCAAAGAAGAACAGGCGCGAACCAAUCCGAUGCGCCAAAUGUCAAUACUACGGUCACAUCGCACGCGAAUGCAUCUCGCACGGAGAUACCUGCGCAAAUUGCGGGAACAACCACCGCACCAGUGACUGCCCAUCAAGGAACAAAAGCUAUUGCACAUCAUGUGAAACAGAUGAUCACGCAAGUUGGAACCGCGACUGCCCGUCCUUCAAGAAGAAAUGCGACGACACCGACAAACGCUAUCCCGAAAACUCCAUGCCUUUCUUCCCAACUGACGAAGAAUGGACC